ACAAUGCAUAUGCUCUGGGAGAUUUUUUUCGGAGCUGUUAUUUUAUCAGUGUCGAACAUAGUAGUGGCCGAGUACUGCGACAAUGGUACCGGAGAGUGCAAAAGCCUAACCGACACCGAUUGUCCCGUCAUAUUUUAUAAUCAACACUUGAUCGGCGAUAAUAUCAAAUACUGCGAUGAAGACAAUUACAUUGUUUGCUGCCCCAUACCAAUCAAUUCGCAAAGGCAGGCCCCAGUGAGCAAUAGCCGCAGAUUCGAGAAAGAAUGCAAACGAUAUAGCGAAGCACAAGGACCUUGCCCCACCAAAGCAUUCAUAGUGGGGGGACAAAAAGCGUUCGGAAAGGAAUACCCAUUUAUGGCCCUAAUUGGCACGCGCGAUCCGAAGAAGCCAAAUGUCAGAUGGGAUUGCGGCGGAACUUUAAUUCAUCCCAAGUUUAUACUUACGGCGGCGCAUUGCCUCGAGACGAGCGAACCGAAAAACGAGCGUUUGGAUCCCAACAGUAGCUCACCAAAAUUUGUUGUACGUCUGGGUGAAGUGGAUUACAAUAGCACGACUGAUGAAGCUCAACCGGAAGACUUUGAAGUGGUCAAUUAUUUAUUGCACCCCUCGUACAAUGACGAUGAAGAAGAGAGCCAUCAGAACGACAUCGCCCUGAUCGAGCUGGACAGGAAUGCGACAUUCAAUGAAUUUAUUGCGCCAGCCUGUCUGCCCUCCGGCCCUGGAAAUGAUCACUUUCAGUUGACUGCAGCUGGCUGGGGGUCCACCAAAGAUGGGGGUCAGGCCUCAUCACAUCUACUUAAGGUCACUUUGGAGCGUUUCACUGACGAACAGUGCCGGCAGCGUAUCGAGCAGAAAAUAGACGACCGCACCCAAUUCUGUGCCGGCUCAAGCACGAGGGAAGCAGAUACGUGCAAUGGGGACUCGGGCGGUCCGAUCUUCGUGCAGCACCCGCUCUAUGACUGUCUCAAGCAGGUGAUUGGCGUGACUUCUUAUGGACUGGUGUGCGGCACUCGCAACUUGCCAAGUGUAUAUACAAAGACUUACCUCUAUAUCGAUUGGAUCGAAAGGAUUGUGUGGGGAGAAGAAUAAGCUAACGGCCCUUUCUAGUCACUUAAAUUACAGGAGGAUAGCUGGAUAUUGGUCCAACAUAUUAUAUAAAGUAUAUUUCGUAGGCUAAUAAUAAAAACUUUGCUAAACACAAACCCUAA